AUGCACUUUGCACCCAAAAAGUGUAAGGUCAUGCUCCUGGAUACGUCAAUUAUACUCCAAGAGGGAGCACAUGAAGUUGCAGGGCGUUUUACGUAUUUUAGAAGUUACACUUGUCCUGACUGGAGUGUGGCAGAUGAGACGAGUGCUGUUUCCCGUGCCCAAUUCAGAGUGCCGCAAACAGAGAGGUGGUCAACCUUUGACCUGAAAAGGGGAAAUGAAAUCAGUGCGACCAGCCUUCCAGGAUGGAGUCCUGGUGAUCUUAUCAGUGCAUGGUUGAUGACGUUCAUGACAUCAGUGCUCAACACCAAUGCUUCACUGCCGUACAACCAUGACUUAUUUGAAAGCCUUAUUGUAAAGAAAAGAAUAAAGACAUUCACUCGGGCAAUCUGGACAGAAACUGAGAACAAGAACACCACUGACAUCGGUUGGCAGCCAUAUCUUGUAGUGUCUCCAACCAGGCACAAGUGUGACGAAAAUCUUGCCGAUCUGGAAUAUGCAGACGACAUCGUUCUAGUCUUCGAAGAGGAUGAGAAGGCACACGUGUUUUUGGAUGAACUGACCGAGGUCAUCCCGUCCUUUCGUAUGCAUUUUGCACCCACAAAGUGUAAGGUCAUGCUCGUGGACGUGCAGCCACUGAACACGCCACUUACAAUCCAGGGAGAGGCACCGGAAGUUGUGGAGCAUUUUACUGUGGCAGAUGGGGUCAGUGCACGAAUUUUCGAAGCCCGGUUGGCGUUCGCUAAAUUGGGACACCUAUGGCGUCAGAGUGGUGUAUCGGUGAAUCUCGACGGACGUGUAUAUCAAGCUACAGUGCGGGUGGCUUUGUUGUAUGGCUGCAAGACUUGGCUUGUUCGAGCAGCGGAACUGAGACGUCUUCAUGUGUUCGACAAUCGUUGUCUCAGAAUCAUAGCUCGUGCGUGUUGA